CAUUCCGCUGCUAUAUAAAGGGUGGCCGUUGCCUGUCGCUCAGUCAGUCGGUUGGAGGACAGUUGGCCUGAGGCGGGAGACGGACGCUUCGCCAUCAUGAGGGAAAUCGUGCACCUGCAGGCCGGGCAGUGCGGGAACCAGAUUGGAGCCAAGUUCUGGGAGGUGAUCAGCGACGAACAUGGCAUCGAUCCAACCGGCACCUACCACGGCGACAGCGACCUGCAGCUGGAGCGCAUUAACGUCUACUACAACGAGGCCACAGGUGGCAAGUACGUGCCCCGCGCCGUCCUGGUGGACCUGGAGCCCGGCACGAUGGACUCGGUGCGCUCCGGGCCCUUCGGCCAGAUAUUCAGGCCGGACAACUUCGUGUUCGGUCAGAGCGGAGCAGGAAACAACUGGGCAAAGGGCCACUAUACGGAAGGUGCUGAAUUAGUUGAUUCCGUGUUAGAUGUUGUAAGAAAGGAGGCAGAAAGCUGUGAUUGUCUGCAGGGCUUUCAGCUUACUCACUCUCUGGGUGGUGGUACAGGCUCUGGCAUGGGUACUCUGCUCAUCAGCAAAAUUCGUGAAGAGUACCCAGACCGAAUUAUGAACACAUUCAGUGUUGUACCCUCCCCUAAAGUAUCAGAUACUGUAGUAGAGCCCUACAAUGCCACCCUCUCUGUGCACCAGCUUGUGGAGAACACAGAUGAAACAUACUGUAUUGAUAACGAAGCCCUGUAUGACAUAUGCUUCAGAACACUGAAGUUAACCACUCCAACGUACGGUGAUCUGAACCAUUUAGUGUCAGCCACCAUGAGCGGUGUUACCACCUGCCUGCGAUUCCCAGGCCAGCUUAAUGCUGACCUGCGGAAGCUGGCAGUGAACAUGGUUCCCUUCCCCCGACUGCACUUUUUCAUGCCUGGUUUUGCCCCACUUACGAGCCGUGGGAGCCAGCAGUAUCGUGCUUUAACUGUGCCAGAGCUAACACAGCAGAUGUUUGAUGCAAAGAAUAUGAUGGCUGCGUGUGACCCACGUCAUGGCCGCUAUCUGACCGUGGCUGCUGUUUUUAGAGGCCGUAUGUCAAUGAAAGAGGUCGAUGAGCAAAUGCUGAAUGUUCAGAACAAAAAUAGCAGCUAUUUUGUCGAAUGGAUUCCUAAUAAUGUUAAAACAGCAGUCUGUGAUAUUCCACCUCGUGGCCUGAAAAUGUCUGCUACCUUCAUUGGUAACAGCACAGCCAUCCAGGAGCUGUUCAAACGCAUUUCUGAGCAGUUCACUGCGAUGUUCCGCCGAAAGGCUUUCCUGCACUGGUACACUGGCGAGGGCAUGGAUGAGAUGGAGUUCACAGAAGCUGAGAGCAACAUGAAUGACUUGGUGUCUGAGUAUCAGCAGUACCAGGAUGCUACAGCUGAGGAGGAGGGGGAGUUUGAGGAGGAGGUUGAGGAAGAGACAGAGUAAAAGCUAUGCAGAUGAACACCUGUAAAUUUUGUUUAAAGCUGUAUGAACUCUUCCAUUCAAAAUUUCUCUGUGUUGUGUUCCUGUUGAACACUUUUGUUUAAAGCUGUAUGAACUCUUCCAUUCAAAAUUUCUCUGUGUUGUGUUCCUGUUGAACACUUUUGUUUAAAGCUGUAUGAACUCUUCCAUUCAAAAUUUCUCUUUGUGUUGUGUUCCUGUCUCAGUCACUUCAAAUGCUGUACAGGCACCAUUAAAGCAUUUUUCACAGUGCAGAA